AUGGCUAUGGCAAUAGGAAGACUGCUCCGAUGUCGAAAUGGUGAUUGCUUGACCAGACCAAUCACUUGCCGAAGCAGAAUACGAGCCUUGUCCAACCAAGCCAAGGAAGAUGAUGAAGAGGUGGUGGAUAAGAUUGCCAUUAUUGGCGGCGGUCCCUCUGGGUUGCUACUGUCCAAUCUGCUCUCCUUGUAUCAAGUGCCUUCCAUCUUGGUCGAUUCUCAAUCGGUAGAAGAACGAUGUCGACAUCCUCAAGCCCACUUUUUGAAUACGCGAACCAUGGAGAUUUUGCGUCAUCAACUUCCCCGCAUUUUUGCUCAAGUCCAACACGAAAUGACACCCGUCCGUCAAUGGCAACACUUUCAAUUUGGAUACAACAUGUUGCCACAAACAGCACUGGCAAGAGUGCUUCAUCCAGUCGAUAGACCACUGCAGGCAGGCGUAGAUGCCAAUGGCCAGUUACAGGAGGUGGACACUACAUCACCAACAACCAAUAAUAAUUCUACCCGACCACUCAGUCCUUGUACCGUCGGGCAUUUGGCACAGCACACCUUUUGCAAAAUACUCUACCAAGCAGCGCAAGAGCAGGCAUUACCAGAUACCCAAUUACUCUACAAUACACGUGUCGCCGAUAUCCAAAACCAUCCAGAUGGAUUCUUUCAAAUUGAAACCACAAACACUACUACAACCCAGCACAAGCAAAAUUUAAGGAUUCCAUCCAAAGUUUGCGUGGCAGCCGAUGGAGCUCAUUCGUUUUGUCGCCAUCAUUGGCAGAUUCCACAAGUUGGACAAGUGGGAAUACAGCACUUGCUCAAUAUACACGUCAAAACCAACCCCGUUUGGGCACGCCAAUAUUUACACGCCAAUGAUUCCAAUUUUGCCAUGCUCUACUCUGUCUUUCAUCCCGAAAUCGUCGCCAUGAUUGUCUGUCACAGCGUCGGAGAAUAUGUCUUUCAAGUACCCAUAUUUCCGCCCUAUCAACAGCUCGAAUUGGAUUAUCCACCGGAACGGAUCCAACGCAUGGUGUACCAUGCCAUGGGGAUCAUGGACGACAACACGCAACAGCAAGAAGAGGCGCAAAUCGAGAUUGCGUCUCUCAAUGCGUGGACCAUGAGUUCCUUGAUUGCCGAUGAAUACUAUUACGUCAACAACAAUGGUGGUGGUGGUGUGGGGUUCCUGGUGGGAGAUGCAGCUCAUGUCUUUCCACCGGCUGGGGGGUUGGGGAUGAACACGGGAAUGCAGGAUGUCUUUUCCUUGGCGUGGAAACUAGCCUGGGCACAUCACAAUCCACACAAGACGCGUGACGUGUUGGCAGAGAUUGGGCAAUCCUAUCAAGCCGAACGUCGUCCCGUGGCACAAGCCAAUGCCGCCUUGUCGGUACGCAACUACAAUAGACUACUGGAAGUCACCAAGGCGUGUUACUUGUCAGAGCAACAUCCAGCCUUGCUCAUCAAAGGACUGGAAGUUUCCAUGAUGCCAUUGGAGGCACAACGACAAGUCUUUCAACGGCUCUUUGAUACUGCGACAUGGACGCUGUCGUCGUUGGGAGACUUGAAUCAUCCCUACACACAGCAUUUGAGACGCAACAUUCGACGGAUAUUGGCGCAAGGUGGAGGGUUGCCACUCUUGUUUCCGAGGGCGGAAUUGGGGUUUGGAUACGAUUCAUCCAACAGGGACAGGUCCAGUGGGCAACCAAAGGAGAGCGACACUAUGGGAUUCACACCGCAAAUUCAAGUGGGCCACUUGUUUCCUCAUGUCGAGGCAGCAGUCAUGACGGUCAAUGCAAUGCAAACUUUUCCACAUUUAAAGCUACUGGACAAUGAUCAGUCAAAUGCCGUAAUCAGCGUGUCGGAUCUUCCUGCACAGCUAUCGCGUGAUUCCAAGCCUUGCAUGGUGUGGCUUUGGUUGUCGUCUACUCACGCUGACGUUGCAGAGCGGUCCGUCAUUUUGGAGGCCACGUGCAACGUUUCCCAAUCCUUAGGAAUGGCGGUGGAAGCAGUCCAAGUCAUGCCGGCCGCUUCAGCAGAAACUGACGCUUCCAUCAGUCAACUACCAAAGGACGAUGGACAGUUCCUGGUGCUGCAAGAAAUACCGGAUAAACGAGAGGGAAGUUUGCUGGAUCAGUACAAAGACACAAUGUGGUUGAUUCGACCCGAUGGCCAUGUGGCAGGAGUAGUGCACAGGCAGGAUGCUGUUCCACAUGAGGGCGCAGAGUUGAGCAAAGUCAUGCUCAACGCUGCCAAUGAACUAGGAGUGGCACGCAGUGGUUUGUUUGGUUCGAGGGGCAGCAAAAACUGA